CUCGCAGGAAGCAAACGAUUCCGCGUCACAGUGAGGUCCAUAAAGAAACGGUCCUCCCAGUUUGUUGUGGAAGAACUUGACUGGUUUGUACUGACCACAGCCCUGUCCAACACCUUAAUGGGAACUGGAAGCUGAAUGGGAGAAAAUCCCUGCAGCCGGGUUUCUAAAUCUCGUGCAAAGCUUUCCAAGAAGAGUGGAGGCUGUUACGGCAGCACAUUAAUGCCCUUUGUUUAAGCAUGAGAUGUUCAACAGCCACAUUUAGAUUGCAGUGGAUCCAGUAAGUGACAGAAAUCCAGAAGAUGUCAGUCUGACGGUGGUGGCUGCAGCGGCCGCAGCAGGCCUGCUUGUGACAGAUGACACUCACCAGGAGAGAAACUUCUGGAGGUCUGACUGCAGCAUUAAAACUGGAGAGACCGCCAGGUUGGAGGAAAAUAUCUCAGACCGUAGAGUAAAGAAGAAAUACCAAAAACUAUCAGGUCAACAUGGCUCUGCUGUGCUACAACAAAGGCUGUGGACUGAAGUAUGACACUGACAAGAACAAAGAGGAUUCCUGCCUCUUCCAUCCAGGUGUCCCCAUCUUCCAUGAUGCUCUGAAGGGUUGGUCCUGCUGUAAGAAAAGGACGACGGACUUCUCAGAGUUUCUCUCCAUUAAGGGCUGCACCCGCGGGCACCACAGCAACGAGAAGCCCCAGGAGCCUCUGCGGCCGGAGGUGUCAUCAGAUAAGGGCGAGAUUAAACACACCAACGGCCAGGAGAUAAUCUACCAGGGACCCAAAUCUGCUGAGAUGCUGCAGAAGGAGAGACCCAGUUCAGAGGAGCCAAAAACCAAGCUUCCCCACAAAGUGUCUGCAUCGCUGGCUCAGGUGCUGGAGAAACUGGACAUCAGCAAGAGAGCCGAGAGAGAGAAGACAGAGAGUCAGAUGACAAUGCUGGGGACCCAGUGCAAGAACGCAGGAUGUAAAACAAUCUAUCAAGGACCAGAGACAGACAUGGAGGUCUGCAUCCACCACCCGGGAGCACCCGUCUUCCAUGAGGGGUAUAAGUACUGGAACUGCUGCUGCAUAAAGACUAUAGAUUUCAACGCUUUCCUGGACCAGAAGGGCUGCACCUCAGGGAAGCACCGCUGGGUCCGGAAGCAGGACAAGAAGAAAGUGGCUUGUCGACACGACUGGCACCAAACGGGAAAUAAUGUCGUCGUAACAAUUUACGCCAAGAAUGCAAACCCCGAAUUUUCCUGCAUAGAAGCCAACCGCACAGUGCUCUCAUGUCAAAUCCAGUUUGAGAAUGACAAGAUUUUCAAGAGAGAAUUCCACCUCUGGGGCGUGGUCAAUGUGAAGCAGAGCUCUGUCAACAUGGUCCCAUCCAAAGUGGAGAUCACACUCCGCAAGGCUGACCAAGUGGCGUGGGGCAAACUGGAGGACCCCAACUAUAAACCUGAGCCUGAACCCGUGGAGGAUUCCUCCGCUGAAACCACAGCGUCCUACCAUCCAGACUAUGACAUUGACGAUGACGACAUUAGUGACUCAGACGAGGAGUGGGCCUACGACACAGCUGCAAAUAAAACACAGGAGAAGAAGGACAUUGAGCAGAAGAAGAUCGAGGAAGACACACAAAACUUAAAGCUGAAGGAGGUGGAGGAGGAGAUGAAGAAGGCAAUGGAAGAAAGGAAAAGGGCAGAGGAAGAGCGGAAGAAGCUGGAGGAGCAGAGAAUGCUGGAGGAAGCAGGAGAAUUCGAAGACAUGCCCGAGCUUGAGUAACUCUUCCAAAAAAACAAUACGGAGAUUGGGUCAAACAUUAGUGACAAAAAUCUUAAAUUUAAUUACAUCUCUGUAAAAAAAAAA